AUGUCAUCUUCUUGGUCAGCUAGCAACUAUAACACCCACGCAUCAUUUGUGCCCAAACUAGGGUCCAUCAUCCUUGGUAUGCUUGAUCCUCAAUCGGACGAAAAAAUCCUCGACUUUGGUUGUGGCGACGGAGUACUUACCCUCAAGCUGGCCGAGCAAUGCAAGUCUGUUGUUGGAAUUGAUGCCAGCAGCAACAUGAUAGAGAAGGCAAAGGCAAUCGCACCUCCGGAUACCAAUAUCGAAUACCACGUUGUGGAUGGCCAUGAUGUGGCAGAAUGGUUUGAUGCCGCAUCUGAUCUUACCCCUUUUGAUGCUGUUUUUUCUAAUGCAACACUUCAUUGGCUCAAACGCGACCCUAUCAAAGUCAUUCGAGGCAUUCAUCAUGUCCUCAAACCAGGUGGACGUUUUGUAGCUGAAUUUGGAGGAUUCAUGAAUUGUGGAGAGAUUCACACGGCAUUGAUCACUGCUCUCAAUCGUCGUGGUUUCAAUGGCGAAUCUUUGUCACCAUGGUAUUUCCCAUCUCCCGACACAUACAAGACCCAUCUUGAAAACAAUGGCUUCCAAGUGAAAUCCAUCGACCUCGUGCCACGUAUGACCGAGCUUGACACUGAUGUGGGAGGAUGGUUGCGUACAUUUGGUUUUUGCUUUCUUCAAGUCCUCCCAACUGAUAAGGAUCGUGAGGAGGUGAUAUCUGAAAUCAUGGAGCAUUUGAGACCUUCCUAUCAACGCGAAGAUGGGAAAUGGUUUGUGAUGUAUGUGCGUCUUCGUGUUGUCGCAUACAAAGCAGCAUAA